UAUAGCGACCAUACAGACUCCACUUCGUCUUGACGAAAUCUUCUUCCUAAAAUGCUUGAAAACCUAGCCUUGAUCGCCUCCACAGCUCUGAUAGUAAGGUAUUUACCUAAACUUCGACAGUGGAAAUUACCAGUUCAUGUUGGUGGAUACGUCAAACCAGGCUUUGAAGAGAUAGAGGAUGAAUUUAGGAGAAAUUUUGAGAAGGGACCGGAGGUGAGAAAGAGCGGCUCUGGCUUUGCGGUAUACCAUAACGGAGAGAGAGUCGUCAACCUCUACGGUGGUUACGCAGAUGCAGAUAUCCUUCAGUUAUGGAGGGAAAAUACUUUAUCACUAGUAUAUUCUACUACAAAAGUUAUAGGAGCGAUAUGCAUCGCUAAGCUGGUUGAUGAAGGGCUGUUAGAAUAUCAAAGACCUGUUGCAGAUUACUGGCCGGAGUUUGGUGCACAUGGCAAGGGUGACAUCACAGUUCAACAACUCAUGGAACAUAAGGCAGCUCUUCCAGUGAUACCCUUGCCCAUCACGUAUGGCUUGCUUCGGGACCACGUCAGGCUCGGCUCCUUGUUUGCGGACAUGUCACCCUCCUGGAAGCCAGGCACGGCUCAUGGGUACCACGCUGUCUCCAUAGGCCCCCUGACCAGUGAGCUGCUACGGAGGGUUGACCCCAAGGGAAGGACCCUUGGAAAGUACUUCGAUGAGGAGAUAGCGAAACCCUUUGGUAUAGAUUUCUUCAUUGGUCUUCCACUGGAGGAGAACCAUCGCACGGCCAAACUAAUCUGCGCAGAUCCUGGUCCUGUUGUAACGUACAGGUCCGUGAGGCACUCUUCCAAGAACAGGACUGCUACGGCCGGCUCCAUGACGGACAUGACGUAUGCGAAAAAACUUGUUCAGAAUGCUGGAGAAUUGAGAGAUUUUUUCAGAACACAAAACAAUCCUGAAUACCGUGCUGUCGAAAUAGCAUCAGCAAAUGGCUUUGGAACUGCAGAGGCAUUAGCAAAGCUGAUGGGGAUACUAGCUGUCGGAGGCACAGAUCCAAUCACCAAGAAGGCACUGCUCUCCAAGGAAAGGGUUGACUCAUUUCUAGAUUCAGAACCGGAGACAACGGAUAAGGUCAUCAAGAUACCCAUCGCUUGGAAGAAUGGCAUGGCGAUCGACCACACAGAGGACGGGGUUAAGAUAUUCGGCCAUCCGGGUGCUGGGGGACAGGUUGCCUUCACCGAUCUUCACCAUCGCCUUGGUUACGCGUUCACCAGCCGUUAUGCCGCCCCGUUCGGCUUUGGAGAUGAUCCACGAUUUAAGAACCUACAAAAAGCUAUGUAUCGAUGUGUAAAGAAAUUGGAAGAAUCGUGACUGUACCUGUACUUACUCUAUGUGGAUGUGCUCUAGGCAAGCUAUACAAAAUAUGGGGGCUUGUUAGUGGAUUUAAAGGAGAAGUUCACCCUGACAGAAAGUUUAUUUUGAAAAUAGCAAAACAAAAAUAUAUAUAUAUUGUUGAAGG